CCUCUCCGCAACGAGACUCCAUUUCCCAGGAGGAAUCGCGGCUAGCUCCGCCUGUUCCUCUGCGGCCCUAAGGGCGCUGGACGCGCGUGACACGUUGGGAGUUGUAGGCGCUCUGAUGUCAUAGGUGGGUGUGUUACUAUUUCCGGAUGCUUAAUUCCCACCCCAGGUCUCUUCUCCCCAGCAGCUGUGUCAAGGAGAUCGCAAGCCAUGUACCUAAGAAUAGUGGUAAACCUAUGGCACUCGUGCCGCAGCAGGCUCUGCACAGGAGCCAAGACUCCUCAGCAUCACUCCAGGGGUGGAGCAACAGCUAACAGCACAUAUAGGCGGACUGCGCAUGCUCUUAAGAGUGUAGCUGCGCCAGGCGAUGACGUCAGGAUCCGCGACUCUUCGGAUCUUUUGCUUGGGCAGUCAGUGCGCUGCCGAGGAUUUAUAUAUGUAUUGGAUUGGACCGGCUACUCCGAGCUUUGAACCCCCAACAUGACUACACCAAAAAAAGCAAAGCUGAGAGCAGACAGUGGAAGACCGUUCCAAGAGUCCUGGACAGAGUCAUUCGGCGUCAUUGAGCGCGACGGGAAGGCGCUCUGCAUUCUGUGUAACGUAAGCGUUGUGUGUCGCACGUCGAGCGUCAGACGGCACUUUGACACCAACCACAAAAGUGUGGCCAAACUUGGUGAAACUGAAAGGAAAGAGUUUCUGGAAGGGAAACUGAAGAGAUACCAUUCCCAGUAUCUGACGGCUGCCAGCUUCCAAAUUUCACUGUGCAUAGCGAAACACGGCAAGCCUUUCUCCGAUGGGGACUUUAUCAAAAUGGCCAUGUUGGCAGGGAGCAAUUCUCUUUUUCAUGAUUUUCCAAACAAGGACAAAAUCAUGCAACGCAUCUCUGAGAUGCCGCUUAGCAGAAACGCUAUUAAGGAUCGGGUCCAGUGCCUGGCAAGUGAUGCCAGGCUCCCCACUGACUUACAGAAGGCAGCCUGCUACUCCAUGUGCUUGUAUGAAAGCACAGAUAGAAAUAGUCACGCGAGGCUGGCGGUGAUUUUGCGUUACGCUGUUGGUGACAUCAUGAGAGAGGAGCUGGUGAAGCUGGUGUCUUUGCCUGGAAGAACGCAGGGGAUCGAUGUCUACAAUGCUGUGAUGGAGGCUUUUUUGUCACAAGGCCUAAGACCAGAAAAAGUGGUUUCAGUCACUAGUGACGGUGCGCCUUAUGUGGUGGGGGCAACGUCCGGUUUCAUACAAUUCUUUGUUAAAGAAGCAAAACAUCCGGUCAUUCCGUUUCAUUGUGUUGUACAUCAGGAAGCCCUGUGUGCCGGGGGAAGCAGCAGAAAGUUAGAUGAUAUCCUCAGAGAUGUCACCAAGAUGGUGAAUUACAUCAUGGCGCAUGCUCUUAAUUUUGGACAGUUUCGAGCCCUCCUGGAUGAGGUUCAGGCACAGUACGGUGGUUUACGUAUGUGUAGCAAUGUCCGGUGGCUGAGCAGAGGACGAGUCCUGGAGAGAUUUGUAGCCUGCUUGGAUGAAAUCAGGCAGUUUAUGCAUGAAAACGGGCAGGACUAUCCCCAGCUCACUGACCCGGCCUGGCUUAACCACCUCGUGUUUUUCACGGAUUUUACAGUACACUUCAGUGUGCUGAACAAAAAACUGCAAAGUGUAGGAAAAACAGCGGAGAGGAUGUUUUGUGACAUCAAAACAUUUGCGAGAAAACUGCAGGUGUUUGAAAGAGACCUUAACAGCGGGCAGCUGAAAUAUUUUCCACAUCUAAAAAUGCAUUUAGGAAAUUCUACCACAUGUGCUGACAGUCCUUCAAGCCAUCAGGAAAUCUGCAAGGAAUUUGCUAGGGUGGUAGCAGCUGCAGAGGAGAACCUUGGUAACAGAUUUUUACAGUUCCGUAAGAUGGAGACGACCCUGUGUUUUCUUACUUCUCCAGACAAAGCCCGAUUUGAAGAGCUUGAUCUUUCCUGCUUACGCUGGUUAGAUUAUGGGAACCUGGAAAUGGAGCUGUUGGAAUUUCAAGAAAGCUCUAUCUGGAAAAAUAAAUUCUGUGCCCUGCGUGCAACGCUUGAGGAGAUAGAGAAGACAGAGUGUGAAGGGAGGACGGAGGACAGCACCGUCGGCAGUUCUGAAAGUGAAAUCCUUAAAGUGUGGAAUUCGCUGCCGAAUAAUUUUAAGUCGAUGAAAGCACUUGGGAUUGCUUUUCUUACUUUGUUUGGGUCGUCUCAUGCUUGUGAGCAGCUGUUUUCAGCUUUGAAUGGCAGUAAGUCCCUCUCUUACGACCAUUCAAGUUCUGAGCUGUCACAGAUAUGACUGGAGCCUGUGUUACCAGCGUUCGUAGAUGGGAACAGAUCCCGGAAGUAGCUCCUGUGUCUGCCGGCUGCUCUCACGGUGGUGCUGGCUGUGCUCGCUGCUUGGUGCUGCAGUGUGCGGCAUCGCGGUGCUGGGCCCGAGCCCGGAGGCAAGAGGCACAGCCGCGGUGCUGUGGGUGGGGGGGCGCCCGGAAGCCCAAAGAAUGUCCACUGUGUACUUGUGUCACAGGUGUGUGACACUCCCUGUGUUGGGCUUGUGAACGAAUCCGACUUUCUAGCGUUCUUCCCGAAUGGACUUGCUCCUAAGUCGGGAACUUCCUGUGUAGCAAAUCGGAUAUAAGAGGAACAGGUGACCUGCGUGCUGCGGGCAUUGCUGUCACACUGAGGGAGUGUGAAGCACCAGUGAUCAGCGCGCGUACAACAGCAAGGACCGCAUGAACUGUGGAAGAGCUCAACAAAUGCAAACUCUUACCUUUCAAUAAAGAGCUGUUUGUAUUGGUGAAAGCGCUCUUACGGUGUUUCGCUUUUGAGACACAAGGUGAUAAUGUAUGAGUUGUGUUUUCUAAACUACGGACCUCUGUAUCUAGCUUUAAUUGCCGUGUGGGCACUUGGCCAUACAUAAGUGGGUCUGGGGUUGCAGUUUGGGCACUCAUCUCUGAAAGUUUUGCCAUCUCUGGACUACGGGGUUCCCACUGGGAAUAGAAAUAUGUUUUCUAUCAUGA